UCCUCUGUUAUUUAUAACACGACAACAUUUAAAAAAAAAAAAAAACUAGCUCUGUUCCGACAACUUUUUGAGGACAUGGUAGCUUCGUGUCCGAAAACAAUCGGUCUGAAAAGAGAAUGAGACUUGUAACAGAGUUCUUAAGAAAGUUGUUACCAUGGGUUGCGGAGGAUCCAAGAUUGAUGAGCAACAGCUUGUGAUUCUCUGCAGAGAACGCAAAGAGCUGAUCAAAACGGCGUCGCAUCACCGCACCGCUCUCGCCGUAGCUCACCUCGUUUACCUCCAGUCUCUCCGCGACGUCGGUGAAGCUAUCCAGCGUUUCGUUGACGAGGAGAGCGUCGUCAGCUCCUCGGCUUCUUCCUCGGCCGUUCUCACGCUUCCCUCCGACGAAGGGAAGCCGAAGAAGCGCAAAGGCUCGAUCUCUUCCACGUCGAUUUCUCAUUCGGUUAUCGAAGAAGAAGAUGGAGACGGUUCGCAUUUGAAUCUCUCUUCCGGAUCUGAAUCCGGUUUAGAAGAUGAUGAUCAUAUCCAAAUCGAUACCACUCCUGAACCGGACCUAAACCGGUCAAAACAAACAAUUAUUCCCCCCGGUUAUCCAACCGGCUAUCCUCCACCCGGUUAUCCAACAGGCUAUGCUCCACCGGGUUAUCCGUACCCGUAUCCGGUUGGAGGAUGGGGAUUCAAUCCAAACCCGAAUCGAGGAAUGUAUUUCAUGAAGAAAUCUUCAACACCAUCUCAACCGUUCGUUUUCAAACCGGAGAAUCACCGAGUAGAGCCGUCCGAUCCCGGUUAUUUCAUUAAUCCUGGGCCAACCGGUUCCGGUUAUCUCCAUAAUCCUAAUUUCUCCGGUUAUCCUCCUCCUUCUCCCGCAAAGCCACCACCGGCUCUCCCCUCGCCGCCUAGAGCCUCCACGUGGGACUUCCUGAACGUUUUCGACACGUACGAUUACGGAAACGCACGUUCCCGUGCAGCUCCGAGCUACUUGGCGUCGAUCUCGAGCAGCCCUGACUCUAAGGAGGUCAGAGAGAGAGAAGGGAUCCCUGAGCUAGAAGAAGUCUCAGACCACGAAGUGAUCAAGCAAGUGUACAGACAACGUCCCAAGAGAACACCUUUGAAGAAGGUGAAAGAAACUGUGCCUUUGCCGGAAGAAGUAGCCACUGAUUCAGAGACCGUCUCCACGUUUUCAGGUAGCGACGUGGAGUCUGACUUUCACUACGUUAAGAGCAGUAACAGUUCGAGUGGACAGGAGACGAUUAUGGAGACGGAGAGCUAUGGGAACAAGAAAGGAGUGAGCUUGGAGUUGGAGGAGGAAGCGAGUACUUCUUCUUCUUCUUUUGAUGUUGAGUCUUCUUCUAAGAUAAGUAGCUUUUCGAGUUUGUCGAUUCGUGGAACUAGGGAGAUUAAGGAAGUUGUGGAGGAGAUUAAGAGUGAGUUUGAGAUUGCUUCUUCGUGUGGGAAGGAGGUUGCUAUGCUGCUUGAGGUCAGCAAGUUGCCUUAUCAGCAUAAAGACAAGGGUGGUUUUAAAGUUAUCUUAUCUAGGAUCAUGUAUCUUGUAGCACCGUCCAAACGCUCUAAGCCAGAACUAUCAAUACGACUAACAUCUAGGACAGUGCAAAUGGCAAAAGCAUAUAAUGAGCAAGAUGUUAAUGUAGGCUUCACUGGAAACCUCUCAUCAACCUUGGAGAAGCUCUAUGCGUGGGAGAAGAAACUCUACAAAGAAGUCAAGGGAGAAGAAAAGCUGCGUUCCAUCUAUGAAGAGAAGUGCAAGUCACUGAAGAAAAUGGACUCUCAUGGAGCAGAAGCUACCAAGAUCGAGGCCACUCGAGCAUACAUCAGGAAGCUUCUGAUGAAAAUAGAUAUCUCUAUAAGAUCAGUUGAUUCCAUUUCAAGAAGGAUCCAUAAACUUAGAGAUGAAGAGUUGCAGCCACAGCUCACACAGCUUAUUCAUGGGUUGAUAAGAAUGUGGAGAUCAAUGCUGAAGUGCCACCAGAAACAGUUCCAAGCCAUCAUGGAAACCAAGGUUCAGUCCGUAAAGGCCAACACCGUCUCUAGCUCGGAAGCAUUUCUUGAUCUCGAGACGGAGCUAAGAGACUGGUGCAGCAGCUUCAACGAAUGGGUUAACACACAGAAAAAAUACGUUCACUCUCUAAACCGAUGGCUCUCGAAGUGUCUCCACUACGAGCCAGAGGUGACAGAGGACGGUUACGCUCCUUUCUCACCUAGCCAGAUCGGUGCACCGCCAAUCUUUACCAUUUGCAAAGACUGGCAAGAAGCGAUGGGGAGAGUAUCCGGAGAGAAGGUGAGCAACGCAAUGCAAGGGUUUGCUUCGAGCUUGCACGAGCUGUGGGAGAAGCAGGAGGAAGAAGAGCAGAGGGUCAGAGCAUUAGAGAUGGAGGUUCGGGACCAUGCGGAGUCUGAUAAGAGGAGUGUUGUUUCGAAAGGUCGGUCGGAGAGUGGAGUGUCGGUUUUGGAUGAUCUGAGAGUGGAUUUGGAUUCGAUGAGGAAGAAGCUGGCGGAGGAGAGAGGUAAACGUAAAGAAAACACUGUGAAGGUGGCGUCUUCGAGUAGUAGUACGUUGAAAGGUGGAUUGGCUCCUGUUUUUGAUGCGUUGAGAAAAUUCAACGUAGAGGUUGUGAAAGCUCAUGGAAUUGUUAGGCUUCAACAUCCUCAGACUUCUUGAGUAGAGACCUUUUGCAACGUUUUGAAGUUUUGUUACUUGAAAAUUAGAUAUAGGUUCCUCAUUCAAGAGAAAAAAAAACAGAUUUGAGAAGUAUUGGACCCCGUAUAUUUUAGUUUAUUGUCUACGUGUUACUUCGUUCAUUAC